UUGAUCUCCUCCCCACUAUUCAUCAUCCAGCUAUUGACUCUCUCUCUAGGACUCUCUCUCCGCCCUUCCAGCAUGAAAUUCUAACAGAAAUCAACCGCUAGAGAGAUUUCGAAACACACACUCGCAAAAGCACAACCUUUCAUGGGACUUCACCUUCCUACUCUAUGGCCAAUUCUCUCUCCCACACCGACUUCACGACACCGAUCUCUCUCUACCUGACAACACUUCACAGAUUACCCAUUACCGGUUUUCACCUCCUCCUCAUCUUCCUUCACUCCCUCUUAUAGCCCUCGGUUCAAAACCCACCAAAUCUCAAUUUGAUCACCAAGAAAACCCAAUAAAUUUUAGACCCUUUACUGAAAUUGAGCUACAGAAGACAUGGCAUCAGUGUUUUUGUACCAUGUGGUCGGGGAUCUGACGGUGGGGAAGCCGGAGCUUGUGGAGUUCGCGGAGACGGAGACGGUGGAGGCGGCGAUUCGGGCAAUCGGAGAAUCGACCGAAGGUGGGAUACCCAUUUGGAGGAAGAGAUCAAACAAGGGUGUUCUUGAGAAUGCGGAGAUGAGGCAACAGAGAUUUGUGGGCAUCCUCAAUUCGCUAGAUAUCAUCACUUUCUUGGCUAAAGAUGGGUUUUUGGAGGAUCAGGAUAAGGCCAUGAAGACUCCAGUCUCAGAAGCUGUGGUUCCCAACAAUUUUUUGCUCAAAGUGGUUGAUCCUGCUACAAGAUUGAUAGAUGCACUGGAGAUGAUGAAGCAGGGUGUGAAGCGUGUCCUUGUUCCUAAAAGUGUCGGUUGGAAAGGUAUGAGCAAGCGAUUCUCAAUUCUCUACAAUGGCAAGUGGCUCAAGCACCUGGACAGCUUCGCUCCCAACACUAAUUAUCCCUCGUCAUCAUCUACAACUUCCACUCCUGACAGGUUUUGUUGUCUGUCAAGAGAAGAUAUCAUACGUUUCCUCAUUGGUUGCCUGGGUGCAUUGGCUCCCCUCCCUCUGUCAUCCAUCUCUUCCCUCGGAGCUAUCAACCCCGACUACUGCUUCAUUGAUGCCUCCCUCCCAGCCAUAGAAGCUACUAAAAAGCUUCCCCGGGACCCCAGUGCAGUUGCUGUUGUGGAGGCAUUAUCAGAUGGCCAGUUUAAGAUUAUUGGAGAGAUCUCAGCUUGUAAACUAUGGAAAUGUGACUAUUUGGCUGCUGCAUGGGCCCUGGUCAAUCUCUCAGCGGGACAGUUUGUAAUGGGGGUUGAGGAUAAUGUGACCUCAAGGACGCUACCUGAUCUCAUGGUUAGUCCAAGGGUUGGAGACAAUAACUUGGUUAAUGGGGGUGGCUCAACAAGGCUAAGAAAAUUCAGUAGUCGAAGCAUUGGAUUCUUUAGCACCGCAGCUAGCCUCAGUACUGGUGCCGGUAGGAGCAUGUAUAGGGGUAGAAGUGCACCCUUGACAUGUAAGGUUACGAGUUCAGUAGCUGCAGUCAUGGCUCAGAUGCUCUCUCACCGGGCAACACACGUGUGGGUGACUCAACCCGAAAAUGAUGAUGUUUUGGUUGGUGUUGUGGGUUAUGCUGACAUCUUGAGUGCUGUGACCAGACAACCAGCUGCAUCUAAUCUUGAGACUCCGGGACCUCGAGAGUAGUUUGGGACCGAAGUUCAGGUACUAAAAACCCCAUAUUUUUAUUUUUAAUUAAAAAAAAAUGAGUUCUAAGAUUGUGCUCCAGGCAUAUUUACAUUGGGACCAUAUGGAUAUGAAACAAGUUUGUUCUUGGUGGGGCUUAUGCAUACCCUGUGAGUUUGUUACAAUUUGGUUUCGAAGUGUGAAAAUGAAAUUUAUGCUGUUUGUAUCCAGUUAUUAUUUAGUUUCAGGAUGGCUUCAGUUUGUUUGAGCCUGCCCACUGAAAUUUAUCAACGGAAUUUAUCCGUUUUUAUUUUAAAUUAUUUGGGGGAAAAAGAAUCCCGUAAGCUUUUUUUGCCAA